AGCGAAUAGUGCGAUGCGUCUUCUGUAGGGCUAAAGAACCUGUUUCACGCAGUCUCGGGUAUAAAAGACUGCCGCGGCAGUGCAACGGCCAGCCCACUAGUCAUGCUCAAAAUCGUCGCCCUCGCCUGCUUAGCGAUCUGCCUCGUACAGGCCCAACAAGGACCACAAGGACCUCCACCAUUCCUAGCAAGUGCCUCUCCAGCGAUUCAGAAGGAAUUCGAGGGACUUUUCGCCAAUGCCGACAAAAUGACCGAUGCCGAGAUCGACAAGAUGGUCAAAGACUGGAUCGGCAAGCAGAGCGAUGCUAUCAAGACCGCAUUUGCCUCGUUCGAAAAGGACAUCAAGUCGGCUCAAUCAGAAGGUGAGGCAGCCCACCAGGCUGCCAUUGCCAAAUUCAGCCCCGAAGCCAAAGAGGCUGAUGCCAAGCUCACCGCUAUUGCCAACGACAAAACGAAGACGAAUGCCCAAAAGGGUCAGGAAAUCGACGCUAUUUUGAAAGGACUCCCAGCUGGUGUCCGCAAAGAGAUCGAGGAUGCCAUGAAGGGAUAA